AUGUGGGAACAGGAGGAAUUUGCGAAACACUGGCGGAAUGAAUUCCCCGACGGCGAAGUGCCACAAAUGAACUUUAAUUCGAUAAAGGACAUCGAGUCGCAGCUGGAGGCUUCAAAAGUCAACCUGAAACGGCUGCAGAAGGCUCUAUCGGAGGAGAAAUUCAAGGUGAUCUACCUGCAGACAACCAUGGCGCGACAGCGGAAGAACGACGCCGAAAGUUGCCACGGAAAAGACGUCAACUUUAACGCCGACACAUUCGCGACCCCAAAGAGUCCAUCCCUGGGACGAGAAGACGGGUGCGACUUUAGAAGGACCCAAGUGUCUGACACGCUACAACCCGCAGGUAACGCGACUAAUUCCUUCAGUCGGGAGCGGAGCAAAUUCAGCGGUAAGGCCGGCAAGCCUGUCCCCAUUCCCGUUCCACCUCCCAAGCCAACUCGUCUCUCGCAAAGCAAAAAUAAUGACGAUAACAGCGACCGUGAGUAUGAGGAUUUGGAGCUGAACGAGAAUUUUGUCAGGAAUAACCUGUUGGUACCAAAGGCCAGCAGCAGAGACAACCAGAAGGUGCCCAGCAUCCAUCACCCGGACACCCUGCGGCCUUUUCGCCUGAGUAGAGACUUUGAUUCUGGGGACGACAGUCGGAUGUCGCCUCCGCUCCUGCACGUUGGACGUGGAUCCGGCUGUAGCACCCCUGACAGAAGGAGUGAUGGCUACCUCAGUUCAGAUCAUGACGACUCCUCCUCUGCAGACUUUAACUACAACACAGAUGGUUAUGAGGGGGACGGGACAGAGGAUGGCAAGUCUCAGGAUGGCUCGGAGACGCUGCCCUAUAUAGAUGAAUCCCCCACCAUGUCUCCCCAGCUGUGCACGCCCCAAGGACCAGACGGUGUAAUGAUCUCCCCCACACCACCAGAGGGCCUCCCGCCUGGGGGAGACAUUGAAAAAGGACUUGAGAUGAAGAAGCUGGUGCUUUCCGGUUUUUUGGCCAGUGAGGAGAUCUACAUUAACCAACUGGAGGCCCUGCUAUUGCCAAUGCGCCCCCUGAAAGCCACAGCCACCACCUCGCAGCCCGUCCUUACCAUCCAGCAGGUUGAGACCAUCUUCUACAAAAUCCAGGACAUCUUUGAGAUCCACAAGGAAUUCUACGAUGCCCUCUUGCCCAACAUCCGACAAUGGGAUGAGAAGGUCACCGUGGGCCAUCUGUUCCAAAAACUGGCCAGCCAGCUGGGAGUGUACAAGGCCUUUGUGGACAACUAUAAGGUUGCAUUGGAGACAGCAGAAAAAUGCAGCCAAGCCAACAGCCAGUUCCAAAAGAUAUCAGAGAACCUCAAAGUAAAAAGUCCUAAAGACUCAAAAGAUUGUACCUCAACGGUCACAAUGGAAGCCCUUCUUUAUAAACCCAUUGACCGUGUGACAAGGAGCACCCUUGUUCUUCAUGACUUGCUUAAACACACGCCAAAGGACCAUCCAGACUUCCCUCUCCUGCAGGAUGCUCUGCGGAUAUCUCAGAAUUUCCUCUCCUCUAUCAACGAGGAGAUUGACCCUCGAAGGACAGCUGUCACAACACCUAAAGGAGAGGCUCGUCAACUAGUGAAGGAUGGUUUCCUGGUGGAGGUGUCAGAAAGUUCCAGGAAGCUACGACAUGUUUUCCUCUUUACCGACCUGCUGCUCUGUGCCAAAAUGAAGAAGACCUCCGCAGGUCGUCACCAGCAGUAUGAGUGCAAGUGGUACAUCCCUCUUGCAGACUUGACUUUCCAGACACUGGAUGAGUCUGAUUCUUGCCAUAGUAUUCAAGUUCUACCGGAACACGAGAUUGAAGAAAUGAAAAUCAAGAUAUCGCUUUUAAAGAGUGAGAUACAGAAAGAAAAGAAAGCACCAAAAGGUCAGAACCGCGUCGAGCGACUGAGGAAGAAGAUGAACGAACAAGAAUCUUGGCUGUUGCUUCACUCCCCCACAAUUCCUUUCCGCCUUCACAACAAACAUGGCAAGAGUUACCUAUUCCUCCUCUCCUCUGAUUAUGAGAGGUCAGAAUGGCGGGAAAGCAUCCAGAAGCUCCAGAAGAAAGACCUUCAAGCGUGUGUACUAAGCUCGGUAGAGUUGCAGGUCCUCACAAGCUCUUGUUUCAAACUCCGAACUGUCCACAGCAUUCCUGUCACGAGUAAUAAAGAUGAUGAAGAGACUCCAGGCUUGUACGGCUUUCUUCAUGUGAUUGUCCACUCUGCCAAAGGAUUCAAGCAGUCAGCCAAUCUAUACUGCACCCUCGAAGUGGACUCAUUUGGAUACUUUGUGAGCAAAGCAAAGACUAGAGUCUUCAGAGACACCGCAGAACCUCAGUGGAAUGAAGAGUUUGAGAUCGAGUUGGAGGGAUCCCAGUUCUUGCGAAUCCUUUGCUAUGAAAAGUGUUACGAUAAGAGCAUGCUCAACAAAGAAGACAACGAGAUCGUGGACAAGAUCAUGGGCAAAGGGCAGGUUCAGCUGGAUCCUCAGACUGUGCAAUCCAAGAACUGGCACAUGGACGUCAUUGAGAUGAAUGGGAUCAAGGUGGAAUUCUCCAUGAAGUUUACAAGUAGGGACCUGAGCUUGAAGAGGACGCCGUCCAAAAAGCAAAGUGGUGUGUUUGGAGUCAAAAUCAAUGUGGUAACAAAACGCGAGCGCUCCAAGGUGCCUUACAUUGUCCGCCAGUGCAUUGAGGAAGUUGAAAAGAGGGGAAUAGACGAAGUGGGAAUCUACAGGAUCUCAGGGGUGGCCACUGACAUCCAGGCCCUCAAAACUGCAUUUGAUACGAAUACCAAAGACAUCCUGGUGAUGUUGAGCGACAUGGACAUCAACGCCAUCGCAGGAACCCUCAAGCUGUAUUUCAGGGAGCUGCCGGAACCUCUGCUCACCGACCGCCUGUACCCGGCCUUUAUGGAGGGAAUAUCUCUCUCCGACCCCGCAGCCAAGGAGAACUGCAUGAUGCACCUCCUACGCUCAUUGCCCGACCCCAACCUCAUGACCUUCCUCACUCUGCUAGAGCACCUCAAACGGGUGGCAGAGAAGGAGCCCUUAAACAAGAUGUCCCUACAUAACCUGGCCACAGUAUUUGGCCCCACGCUGCUCAGACCCUCAGAGUCCGAGAGCACCAAGGGACAGAAUAUCACCUCGGCCUCUGACAUCUGGUCACAUGACGUCAUGGCACAGGUGCAGGUGCUGCUGUACUACCUGCAGCAUACUCCCAUUUCCUUUGCUGAGCUCAAGCGGAACACACUCUACUUCUCCACCGACGUUUAA